ACCUUAGGCUGCUCCCAUCCCUUGGCUAAAGAAAAUAAUUCUGACUCCACUCAGUUUUCUUUAACUGCUCAGUUAUCAUCUGAGAAAACCUCCCCUCUUUACAUUACAGUAGCUUAAGGAAUAUUUGGAAUACCAAAGUAUUUUUUUGCAGUGAUUUCUUUUUAUCAUCGCAAUUCUCCACUACCUCUACAAAAAAUAAUCCAAAUUUGGAUCCAUCUGGUUUCAGGAUUGGAAAGCAUAUUUUUUAGAUCAAAUAUGUUUAUAAAAGUUCCAUUCUUCAUCUUCGUCCUCGGGAGCCUGCCUUUUGUAGCACUUGCUCAAGAAGCAAGCUCAGUUCUAGAAGGAGAAGAAAGUGCAACAAUUGAUUUCAGAGACAGAAAUGACACAGAAUUUGAAGAAUUACCAACAAUUUUUGGAGACCUGAAGACCACAGAAAGUACCUUUGUCCUGGAUGGAGAAAGUGAAAAUGCUACUGCCUAUGAAGUUAACACAGAAAGGAUUGAUGGUGGGGAGCGGAGUGGGGAACCAGAGACAACUGAUGAAGGUGGUCUGGGAACAAUUGCACUGCUUGGAAUAAUUAUUGGAAUCAUUGUUGCAGUUGGAAUCCUCGCAGGAAUAAUAAUUGCAGUUGUAAGGAAGAUGUCAGGCAGGUACUCGCCCUAAACACAGUUGAAACAAGUAACCAUGCCAUUCCAUGCUGGAAAACACAAGUGCUUCUUAUUUCAUACAAACUAAAGACUAUUCCUGUAUUUGUGUGAGAAGAUGAUCCAUGGAAAAUAUAGUCAAACAAUUUCAGAUCUAUGGGGAUACCACACAACUCUAAGGACCACCCUCACACCCCUCCUUGCACAGAACAUGGAACAUUUCAUAGGAUUUUUUACUAACCAGAAUUUUACUAGAAGAAAAAGAUUUUGCAGUUAAAAAACAAAAAACAAAAAAAAACCCUAAAAAACCCCAAAAAACCUGGAGCAAAGAGAUGUACAUCUGAAAUGUGAUUUGCAGGUAUUAUAUGCUUGGGUUUUAAAUGCUACCAAAGAUUAUUUCACAUUACAUUAUAUGUAUUCUUUUAAAACAGCAACAAAAAAAAAGUGGUUUUAGCUGGUUAAGUGCUCCUGGCAUGUUUAUCUACCACAUGAUGUAUCAAAAAGGAGAAAUUAGCUUCAGUGAGAACCAGUUAUUUACAAAUUAGGAAAAUACUGGAUAUUGGAAGCUAAAAUCUUUCCACUGCUGAUACAAAUUUUCUGCUCUUGAUAUUUAUGUUAUUUUGUGGCAAAAUAUGGUAGGUCUGGCUGGAACUGAUCUGCCAACUGAAAGCUUGCUCGUCUGACUACGGCAUCAGGAAUUUCCUGCCUUCUCUUGCUGCAGAGACAUGCAGGAAUUGAAAUACACAUCCUGAAUUAAGGGGUGCUUGGAAAAUACCCAGUUUUGAUGGGUCACUUUAGAGCUGACGUGUAGAAGCUUUUGAAUUAGUGUACACCGUGUUUCUUCUUUGUGCCUGUCCCAUUUUCUAACAGUACACUUGAUUUGUUUGCCAACAUGUGCAACACCAGGUCAGAAUGUGUCACUGAGGUGUGAUGCAGCUUUGGAGUCUGCAGCUUUUCUGGGGCAUUUUUAGGGCAGCACAACCUGAAUGUACAGAGCUCAGAGCAAAGGCUUUGCAUGUCAAGUGACUGCAGUUUGCAUCAGGUUUCCUAAAUGCUAUGACACUUCCGUGUUUGAUGUAAAAAUCAUGUUAAUCAAUAUCAUCAUCCAUUGCUCAAUUUGUCAGCUUAUCUGCAUUUGCUUUUCUGUUUCUUUCAUGUGCCUUGAACUAUCAUAUUGAUAUAAGCUUUGGAAAUAAAAAUCAUAAUAUAAACUG